UUCCUCCUGCACAGCCGGCUUCAGAGAGGAGACGCCAUGCCCCCCACCCUCACCGCCCUGCUCUGCCUCGGGCUGAGCGUGGGCCUGGGGACCCCAGUGCAGGCAGGGACCUUCUCCAAGCCCACGCUCUAGGCAGAGCCAGGCCCUGUGAUCCCCUGGGGGAGCCCAGUGACCGUCUGGUGUUCGAGGGACACGGGGGCCCAAAACUUGGCUCUGUAUAAAGGCGAAACCCCACUGACUUGGGACACAGAGAUGCCACUGGGUCCCAGGGACAAGGCCAAGUUCUCCAUCACACAGAUGACAGAGCGCACUGCAGGGUUAUAUCACUGUUACUAUUAUAUAUACGGUGUCUGGUCACAGUCCAGUGACCCCCUGGAGCUGGUGGUGACAGGAGCCUACAGCAAACCCAGCCUCUCGGCCCUGCCCAGCCCUGUCGUGACCUCAGGAGGGAACGUGACCCUCCAGUGUGGCUCACGGGAAGGCUUUGACAGGUUCGUUCUGAUGAAGGAAGGAGAACACAGGCUCCCCUGGGCCCUGGACUCACAGCGACUCCCCAGUGGGCAGUCCCAGGCCCUGUUCCCUGUGGGCCCCGUGAUGUCUGUCCACCGGUGGAGGCUCAGAUGCUAUGGCUGUUACAGGAAGAGCCUCCAAGUGUGGUCACAGCCCAGUGACCCCCUGGAGCUCCAGGUCUCAGCCCAAGGUUUCCAGCGGUUCCUGAACAUCCUGAUCGGGGUCUCGGCGGCCCUCACGCUGCUGCUCGCCCUCCUCCUCUUCCUCUUCCUCCGACACCGGAGUCAGAAAAAAGGCAGGACGUCGGAUGCUGCCGUGAAGGACCCACAGGCUGGGGAGGGCGUGGAGCUGGACCCUCGGCAGAACAGGCCCCGUGACGACCCCCAGGGUGUGACAUAUGCCCAGGUGAAGCAGUCACGAUCAAGGCUCAAGCAGGGAAUGGCCCCCUCUCCUUCCCUCCUGUCACGGGAAUUGCUGGACAGGAAGGGCAGACAGCAGAAGGGGACAGACAGAUGGACAGACAGAGGGGCUGCUGCACCUGCGGCCCCCCAGGAGGUGACCUACACCCAGCUGGACCGCCUGAGCCUCAGACGGGAGAGGAGUGCCCCCCCUUCCUCCCCGUCAGAGCAGCCCCCGGCUGAGCCCAGCGUGUACGCUGCUCUGGCCGUCCACUAG